GGCGAGGAUAAAGCAAGAUGGCGUCUGACGGUGAAGACGUUAUUGCAGUCGUCACAGUUCAGUGUUCUUAAUCUGUGCGUCCAUGUACACAUAUAUGUCCUUUAUUACACUCUAUUAAAUAGAGUCAUAAUAACUGUUUGUAUAUUAGUCUGAGCGCACUUCUCCAGCUAGCUUAGCUUGCUAGUUAGCUUAGCUUGUUAGCUGCUAACAAAGAGAGAUGAAAACACAUCGCUAAGCAGAGAUCAAGUGUGAGUGUAAAGUGUUGUGAUUGUGUGAAAAUGUGCGAAAGAACCAUAGCAGAGUACGAGGAGGAACUUUGUCCAACAAAAGAGGAGAAGGAGCGACAACAUGAAAAACAUCAAGUUGUGUUACACACAACAGACAUCCAUCAGCUGAUUGGACACCAAGAAGAAUGUCUCCCUCAUCUGCAGGGGGACAGUUUCACUUCAGAGGAUCCACAGCCCUCACACAUGAAAGAGGAAGAGGAGGGAGAGUGUGUUGUAGGGCAGGAGGAGGAUGAUGUCAGCAAGUUUCCACUGACUGUUGUCUCUGUGAAGACUGAAGAGCAUGAAGACAAAGCACCUGAGUCCUCACAGCUUCAUCACAGUCCAAACGUUCAACAGCCCCUUCACAUCAAAGAGGAAGAGGAUGAUCCACAGCCCACCUACAUUAAAGAGGAAGAGGAGGAUCCACAGCCCACCCACAUGAAAGAGGAAGAAGAGGAUCCACACAUGAAAGAGGAAGAGGAGGGAGAGUGUGUUGAAAGGCAAGAGGAGGAGGAUGUCAGCAAGUUUCCACUGACUGUUGUCUCUGUGAAGACUGAAGAGCAUGAAGACAAAGCACCUGAGUCCUCACAGCUUCAUCACAGUCCAAGUAAGCACAUAUCAUUUUAUUCUCAGGGAAUUCAAUCCAUCACAACUGGACUGUUCACUUUGUCUUAGAAGACUCAUCCAAGUAGGCUUCAUCACUUCAUGCUCAUACACUUCAAGUCUUAAAUCUAAUCAUUGGAAUUUAGAGGGGAACUGCACU